CUUUCUUUUUCCUCUUCAACAAUGUCUAAGGUGAAUCAUCUGAGAGAGUUUAUCGGUCAGCGACUAACAGCAGCUGCUGUAGAAAUAUUGUCAGUGUUUGAAAAAAGCAUCUCGGAGUAUGAAGAAGAGCUCGACCGUCAGCGCAGACUGUUGGACCUCGCCUGGAAACCUGAAAUCAGACUCCACAGAGUCGAACUCCCACAAGAAAAUGUUUGUAAGGUGGAGGAGGACGGGGUGUUCAGUGACCAGCACCUGGAUAACCUGGAGAGGAGCUGCAGCCCGGACCAGGAGGAACCAGGGCAUCAACAGACUACAGAACUGAAGGAAGACUCCAGCGGUCAGGAGAUGAAGCACAAGGACGUAGAGGUGGAUGUCUCAUUGGUCAAUGUCGCUGAUGUGAAAGUUGAAAAUGGUGAACCAGGACCAAACUGUGGCCAGCUGCUGUUGCACACUUCUCCUGAAGCCCAAAACAAAGAUGAGGAAGGGACUGAAAGUUUACGCUCAGACUCCAGUAAAACUGCAGAUCCGGAGCCAAUGAGACGACACGGUGACCACGAAGAUGCUGCUGUCCCGUCAGACAGCAACUGUAAAUCAAAGCUGACCAGGACCCACACAGGGAAGAAGGCGUUUUCUUGCAGCACUUGCAGGAAAGAGUUCAGUAAAAGUAGUAAUUUAAUGGAUCACAUGAAGAUCCACACUGGCGAAAGGCCGUACCUGUGCUACACCUGCAACAAAACCUUUACUAGAUCAUCACAUCUUAAAAGCCACAUAUACACGCACACGGGCGAGAAGCCCUACAUCUGCAAAACAUGUGGAAAAAGUUACACACAACGUUCCACCCUGGUGGUUCACUCGAGGAUCCACACUGGUGAAAGGCCGUACCUGUGCAACACCUGCAGCAAAACCUUUGCUGAUUUAUCAAAUCUUAAACGGCACAUAACCAUGCACACGGACGAGAAGCCAUAUUUGUGCAAGACGUGCAACAAAGGUUUUAGCUGCAGAAUUGAUUUGCUGAGUCACAUGAAAAAUCACCCGGAGGAGAAGUCUAGCGACUCGUGACAAAUGAAGCUCAUGUUGUCGUCCUCCGGGGGCAGCUGUCCACUCCUGUCUGACCCACAGAAGAAGAACCUGCAGAAGUCCAACCACCACCUCCUGCGGCUGAUGAGCCUAAUCCCCUCCCCACAAGGGUUGCAGGUUCAACCCGGAUUUAUGCUUCUCCGUCAACUUGACGCAGAGGGAACGAUGUGGUUGUGUACUUUUUUUUAAAGUUCUGCAUUGAGUUUGUUUGAAUCCCUGUUCCUUCUUAAAACUGUGUUAUUUGUUGCUGUUGGUAACUUGCUGUCUCCACGGUGCAAAUA